AUGGCUAUGAUGUACCAACCACUCAUAGAGAAAUUCGGCCAAGAAGAAGCUACUAAAUUUUUUCCAACAUUAUUUGCGGCUGAGCCCAUCAUUAUUGUCGCGAUAUCCACGCCCAUCCAAGUGUUUUUUGCAUGGAGAAUUAGACUCCUCACCAAACAAACAAUAUUACCUCUUAUAAUCGUUAUCCUUGCUCUAGUUUCGACUGGUGGCGGCACGUAUACGACGGUUUUGAUUGUCAAGAUUAAGCUUUUUGCCAGGAAACCAGAGCUUCAUUGGCCUGCCCUAGUAUGGUUUCUGUCGGCCUGUGUUGCUGAUAUCAUGAUUACAGCAGUACUGGUAAUAUCCUUGUCGAAACGCAAAACAGGUUUUGUUGCGACAGAUGACGCUGUUUCUAAGAUUAUCCGCAUGACAGUUCAAACGGGAAUGCUCACGGCCUUUUUUGCCAUCGGAGACGUUGUAUUCUUCAUGACUCUUGAAGACACAGGAAUAGACGCUCCUGCGCAUAUAUUGACCUCGUCGAUGUAUGAGCUUGAUACUCAUAAAGCUUAUGAUAGAGGACGUGAAGUUGAAUACGGUGUUACUAUCACCAAGAUUGUCGAGACCCGAAAAGACCCUCAUUCGCCUGAAACUACCGAAACUACGCAGUAG